AUGUCUCUAGUCCAAGCCAACCUCCUAAGCAUAGUAUCGGCGUUGUUCCCCCAGCCAGACAACCUCCGUAUCUUUUCGCAAAAAACUCAUUUCGCCAUGGGCGCCGCACUUGCAAGCUUGGUAGCCACCAUCCUACCUUUAGUGGUGACUUUAGUUGGAGAGAUUACAAUCGUUGGAACUUGGAUUGCGGGACUAGUCUUGAUUCCAGCCACAAUUGUUAAUGUGGUUUCCCUCACUACACGAUACAAGGAUGUUCCAAAGGAUGCUUUUGGUUUAGGCUCCGAAGUGAAUUAUCAAAUGACCAACUACCAGCAACAAGUACAGGAGGCUCUCAGAAAUCAAACUCAUUCUCAGCUUAACACCAGCAUCAGUUCACCUGAGGGCAUGGCUGGAGCUCUAUUGGGAGGGUCUUAUCUGGACCCCAGUCAAUUCCGUAGUGUUGAGCAAAUUGAAAAUGAACUACGAAACAUUACCGUGAGAGCUUCAGUAGCUCACAUUCUAAAAUCUAUGAAUGCGUUUGUGACAAUUGGAAGUGACCCUUGCAAUGGUGGCGGAAAGAACGGGGCCUGGUUGGGUGAUAAUGUUUUGUCUUACUGUAACUCAAACGGCACAAUGUUCAAUAUUGUCACAGUCUCUCCACGGAAAUCUAAAGUCAAGAACCACAUCCCAAAUGCUGGCAAUCUAUCGAGCAAAUUUGGAAUCACCACCGAGUAUUUGACAUCUUCCGCGAUUGAAUGUCAAAAGACGCGGAAAGAUGUAGGGACCACACAUGCCAACAGCACCUUGAAGUAA